AUGCCUUCAGAUACCAGGAACACUUCUGGCACAGUAACUGAAUUCAUCCUCCUGGGUUUUCCCAGCCGCUGGGAAAUUCAGGUGUUACUUUUUUGUCUAUUCUCUGUGACUUACAUUCUGACUAUCCUUGGAAAUAUGGCCAUUGUCUGUGCUGUUUACUGGGACCUCCGGCUCCAUACGCCCAUGUACCUGCUGCUGGCCAACUUCUCCUUCCUAGAGAUCUGUUAUGUCAACUCUGAUGUGCCCAACAUGCUAGCCAAUUUCUUAUCUAAAACCAAAGCUGUUACCUUUACUAGAUGCCUUCUUCAGUUAUAUUUCUUCUUCUCCCUUGGUACCACAGAGUGCUUAUUUCUUUCCAUCAUGGCUUAUGAUCGUUUCCUAGCUAUUUGUCGCCCAUUGUACUACCCCACCAUCAUGACCACUAAAUUCUGCAGUAACCUAGUCAUCUUUUGUUGGGUAUAUGGUUUUCUCUGGUUCUUAGCCCCAGUAGUCCUUGUUACUCAGCUACCAUUCUGUGGUCCAAAUGUUAUUGAUGAUUUCUUAUGCGACUUGGGUCCAUUGCUGGCCCUGGCUUCCGCUUGUGUCCCUAUCCCAGGGACUGUUCUCAUAUGUGGCACAAUGAGCUCCCUCCUUAUCUUUGCCACCUUCUUCUACAUCAUUGGAUCCUACACAGUAGUGCUGAGAGCUGUGUUACAAGUACCAUCAGUCUCAGGCCGGCGGAAGGCUUUCUCCACCUGCUCUUCACAUCUAGCUGUGGUUCUUCUAUUCUAUGGAUCUGUCAUGAUGACAUAUGUAAGUCCAGGCUCAGGACAAGCAGAGGGAAUGCAGAAAUUCACUACGUUGUUCUACUCUGUGAUGACCCCUCUUUUCAAUCCCCUUAUUUAUAGCCUCCGGAAUAAGGAAAUGAAAGAAGCCUUGAAAAAAGUUCUACGUAGAGUUUAA